AUGUUGUAUAAUCUCGUGCUCAAUAUCUGUGUACUUGAGUUUCACCUUUUGUUACCGCAUUUCUUCUUUUCUUUUUUGGCAGCCUGCCUCAAUUUCUUGAAGCUAUGCAAAGUGAAAUACUACAACCUCUGCUUGUUUCACACUGUGGAACGGAACUUCAUCGCACAGACCGGCGAUCCGACCGGAACCGGUCGUGGCGGGGAAUCUGUGUUCGGGAGGUUGUAUGGUGAACAAGCGAAGUACAUCCAAGCGGAAACAAAACCGAAAUUGAAGCAUACCAAAGCCGGGAUUGUUUCCAUGGUAAACAAUGGGGAAGGAUUGCAUGGAUCUCAGUUUUUUUUCACGUUGAGUGACAGCUUGGACACCUUAGAUGGUGUACACACGAUUUUUGGCGAAGUUGCGGAGGGUCAAGACAUUUUGGAGAAGAUAAACGAAAUUUUGUGCGACGAACAGCACCGACCGUACAAAGACAUCAGAAUUACGCACACAGUCAUUUUAGAGGAUCCAUUUGACGAUCCUCCGGGGUUGAAAAUUCCCGACGCGUCGCCGGAAGUCACGGAUGAAAUCAUAAAAGGUGGCCGGUUACUGGACGACGGUGAAGAUGAAGGGAAAACUGUGCAACAGCUGGAAGAAGAGGCAGCUGAAAAAGAAGCCAGAUCACGUGCCACAGUGCUGGAGAUGAUUGGAGAUAUUCCCGAUGCGGAUAUUGCGCCUCCGGAAAAUGUUCUCUUUGUAUGCAAGCUCAAUCCAGUGACGACAUCCGAAGAUCUCGAAAUUAUCUUCUCCCGUUUCGGUGAUAUUGAAAGCUGUGAAGUGGUGAAGGACAAGAAAACGGAAAAUUCUUUGCAGUACGCGUUUAUCGAGUUCAAGAAUAGCAAAUCUUGCGAAGACGCGUAUUUCAAAAUGGACAAUGUCUUGAUCGACGAUCGUCGGAUCCACGUCGACUUCUCUCAGUCCGUUGCGAAGUACAAGGAGUGGAGAAGUACGUUUUCACAUCGCUCAAAGCGCUCGAAAAAACGAACCAAAUAAUAAAUUUUUUUUAUAAAGUCAAACCUCGAUAACUCGGAACAUUCCUGUGUGUCGAGAAUUUUUUUUUGUUGAGUCCCUGUCGGAAAUUCCUUGGAAAACAGUGCAUUAAAACCUUCUCAACUCAAAAGCUUUCCCGUUAGAACAUCCAUAACUUGAUUUUCUGAUUUUUUGGCUAUUGUUUUAUUGACAGAGGAAAAAGAAAAGCAAAAAAAUGUAACGAUGUGCUUGGAAAGGAAGUGAGAGAAUAAUUGGGCAAAUGAAUCCUUGCCUCCAUUUUCAGCGCGUAGUCAAUCAAUUAAAAAAAAGCUAUUUAAGGCACAGAAUGUCACCAAUUAAAAUCCCCUGUAAUUCUUAUUCCUUUCCCCCUGAGAAAAACUGCUUUUUCUCUUAACUCGACACCAUCCUGACUCGAAUUUUUUUGCUGGUCUCUGGAAGUUCGACUGUACAUAGAUCUGCUUUGAAAUUCGUCAAAAAAAUUGAAAUUCUGAUCAAGGUGUUUAAAAGCAGAUCCGGAAUCGAUCUCGCUAGUGAUAUUCUCCAGACUUAUUCUUUUUCUGUGUUUCAAUUUAUACCCUUCAAAUGAUGACGGAACGGGAAGUUGUUAUCCGCUGAAACUUUUCAUUGCCAUGGGAACCAACAGCGUCAACAAACAAUCGUAAAAAAAUCAUCAGCAACAGACAAGUAAAUUUUCGUUUCAUGCUUCAAUUUUGAUUUCCUACCCGCCCUUUUUUCCAUCAUGUGAAAGCUUCCUAGGAAAAGAUCGAGAAAUUUAUGUUUCAGCACAGUCUUAUACAGUACAUGAAAGCUAAUGUUGGAUUUACGAUGGCAAAGUAAGAGUCCACUAUGAAAGUAUAUGCAGUAUACAGUAUACUUGGAU